AUGAAGAGCAGCCACGACACUGGCCACGACGACGACCACGGCAACGACCACGGCGAUGACCACGACGAGAGCGACCACGACCACAAGUCCCUCAAGGGCACAAAGAAGGACAAGGACGAUCCAAAGGCCGACAAGAAGGGCACCAUCAACCGCGUGAACAGAGCCUGUAAUAACUGCCGCCGUAUGAAGAUGCGCUGCGUGGGCGCUGAAGAUCCACCCUGCAAACGUUGUCGCAACAGUGGGCUGGACUGUAUCAUGGAGAAGCCCGGCAAAUCCACGAGCAGUGGUGACGGGGCAGGUGCAGGCGAAGACCGCAUUCGCACACUGGAAACGCAAGUGUCCUCAAUGCAAAAUACACUAUCAGAUCUCGUAUCCACUCUACGAGCUGGAAUGUCUUCAUCAGCGUCCAACGGCUCGGGACAUACCCCCGUCAACAUCACCAGCACGACGCCAGACUAUGGUCCUUCGGGCCACCACUUUGGCUCUGGCCUUAGCAAUCUAGCACUCGGUCCCAAGUCUGCAUCUCCGCCUGUGCCAACAGGUACUCUGGAUCCGGGUUCACAUUUCAGGCAAACUGCCUCCAAUGCGGGCUUGAACGGUUUCAUGCCGCCACCGUCCACCAACUUUAUGCACCAACAUGGCAGCGACCCAUUCCGGCCUUUCACGUCAAAUACACGUGUUCAGCCCUUGGGCUACUCGCAGAAUCAGAAUAGCGACCAGACGCACGCCCCUCGACGCCCUGGGUUACUGGACGACGCCUCAAGGCGGCAGAGCUUUGCCGCAUGGCAGAACGGGCCUCAUAAAAGAGACGACGGGCCACAGCACCCAACAAAGCACAUGUCUCUGCCGCCGUCCAGAGCCGGGUCUGUUGGGCCGCCAGAUAUAUUUGGGGCCGAAGAAAUCAUCAACCCACUAGGAGAAAUGUCUAAUAUGGCAGGCCUGGUGGAAGCCGCCGUAGAACGAGCUCGGCAGGAGGAGGCAGCAAAAGUAGCUGGAAAGCACAAGUCCUCCGAUGAUAGCAGCCAUGUCAAGAGAAAUGCAGAGGAGAUCGAAAGUGGGCCGUCUGAAGAUACUCAAGUCCCAAAAAAGUACAGGCAGGAUUCCCCCAGCCCUUCGACACCUAUAGGGAGUACCAUCAUUGAGACUCAAAACUUGCCUCCGCGAGCUAUCAUCCCCGGCAUGCCCGCAAUAUCCCAAACCACACAUCAACACGCAUACCCUGAUGUUGUCAGUGCCGGAUAUGUGGAUGAGGAGGAAGGCAAGGCAAUGAUGCAAGUGUUCUACUCUGGAUCUUCCAACUUUAUCCCAUGUUACGAUCCGUCUGUCGACACUUGGGACUCUCUCCGUCAACGCUCGCCCUUUUCAAUCACCGCCAUCAUUUGGGCAGGCGCUCGAGUGCGGGACGGCGGCGGCCCUCACAGCGAGACUCAAAAAGUCUGCCGUCUUCACGCAGAGCGUAUAGCAAAGGGCACCCUCUUUAACCCUGUACACCGCAUCGAAGCUGUCCAGGGCAUGCUUCUUCUGUCGGCGUUCCAGGAUAAUGGCUGGCUUCCUGGAGGACAUGCGGUCAGGAUGGCAAUCGAUAUGGGCAUCAAUAGGUCGUUUAUUCAUCUGUUAAGGUCCGGCAUGGGUAAAGGCAAGUCGGCCCAAGAGCUGGAGCAGGAGAGGAGCCUGGUGGUGCAUUCAAGAGUGUGGUUCGGGCUAUAUUUGAUGGAACAUCAGAUGGCGUACGGUACUGGACGACCGGCUAUUAUUCGAGAAGACGAGACUAUCCACCAGUGCCGAAGAUUACUAGAUCACCCAUUGUCAAUCGCAUCGGAUGCCCGUCUGGUUUCAACGGUGGAGCUGACAGCUUUGAGAUCUCCACUGCAUAUUGAGCUCACCGCAGCGCCGGAUUUCCCUAUCGCUGAGAGCACUUUGCGGAGGCUGAAGCAAGCCAAUCAAGACUUUGAUGCGUGGGAGCGAUACUGGGAUAGGAUCUUGACCGACCGUUUCAAAAAGUGCAAGGGCGAUUUCUUCAGAGAAUCGUUGGUGAUUCAGAGGCAACUGUUUGUGAACUCCCAACUCUUGCGCGGCGUCAAGGAGCCCUCGGAUGUGGUGGGCAUGCCGGAAGAAAAGAGAGCGCUGGCAAUCAGGGCAAUGAGAAACGCGCAGAAGUGCUUGGAUAUCUGUCUACAUGGCGAAAACUACCGUAACGGGCUUCGAUACGCCGUUCAUUACACUCACGUGUGUGCAGCUUUUGCUGCCUCCUUUCUGAUCCGCAUUGCUCGUCUUUUCCCGUACGAGCUAAACCUCAAAAAGACAGCCAAGGAUAUCGAAGAGCUUGCCAGUAUUCUGGCCGACAUCCCGGCUGGAAGAUAUGCGCGUUCUUUGAGAUUAAUCCUUCGGAAAGCCCGCCGACAGAAAAUUAUACCUGCCCCCAGUGUCCUCUCUUCGCCCAACAGGCUCAACGUUCCGCUCCCAGGCGCGACACCCGCUGCCAUCGCCACUGCGUUCUCCCCCUCCCAGCUGGUCAAUCCGGCAUUCUACGGCGCCAGUCCAGCGGCCCCCCAUAUCCCUGGCAACACGGCGGGGGCAGCUUCAAUAUCUCCCAACCCUUCAAUGCUACUGAACGCGACGAAUCAAAUAAUCAAUGAUUCACCGUCUUCUGCGGAAUUGUUCGAGUUUGAUUCGAUCUUUGCUCACGAGACGAUGGAAAAGGCAGGAAUACCGCUUGGCGAGAAUGACCAACUUCCACUAUUUCUUGACGGUCAAUCUCUGGGUGGAUCGGCGGGCCCUACUGAUACUGCCCCAUACGUGGGCUUGGAGCAAUUCUUCAUGCCUCAAGAUGUCGACAAUCGUUUGGUGGACCCAGGCUACAAUGCCGAACAGCAAGCUAGCGGCAGUAGUACAUUGCCAACCAACGUAUGGUGGUAG